UCCGCCCCGCCGCGCGCCCCGCGCCACGGGAGCUGGGCGCGAUGGGCCCGGGCUGGCGGGCGGCCUCCGCAGCGCUGGUGGGCGGCAGCGUGGUCGUGUUUGUGGGGCUGAGGCGGGUGGCACUAGCCCUGCCCCGGCCCGCUGCCGUGCGGAGCCGCCCCAGCCGCGACUGGCGCUGGCUGAACCUCCUCGUCUCUUUCGCACACUCUGUGCUGGCCGGGCUAUGGGCCCUCUUCAGCCUCUGGCAUUCUCCGGAGCUGCUCUCCGACAUACAGGACGGCUACAGCGUCUCAGGGCACUUGCUGGUCUGUUUCUCCUCAGGCUAUUUCAUCCACGACAGCCUUGACAUCAUCUUCAACCAUCAGUCUCGCUCAUCUUGGGAAUACCUGGUGCACCAUGCCAUGGCUAUUUCUGCCUUCAUCUCACUCAUCAUCACGGGCCGUUUCCUGGUGGCAGCAGUGCUGCUGCUGCUGGUGGAAGUGAGCAACAUCUUCCUCACCAUCCGCAUGCUGCUGAAGAUGAGCAAUGUGCCUUCCCCAGCGCUCUACGAGGCCAACAAGUACAUCAACCUGGUGGUGUACUUUGCCUUCCGCCUGGCCCCCCAGGCUUACCUCACCUGGUACUUCCUCCGCUACGUGGAGGUGCAGGGUCAGGGUGCCUUCCUCACUGCCAACCUCCUGCUGCUCGAUGCCAUGAUCCUCAUGUACUUCUCCCGCCUCCUCCGCUCUGAUUUCUUCCCAUCCCUGCGCAAGGGCUCUGCAGGGAGAGACGUGGAUGGUGAGAAGUUUCUGAUAGACUGAGAUGAGCAUGCCAAGGGGGACCCCGGCUCUGGCUCCUGAAGGUCUUGGCCGCUCCAAACCUGCUCUGAUGUGCCUUAGGGCUCGCUCCCUGGCCCCAGGCUCUGCCUUCACCCACUCUGCUGCCUAAAAGCGCUUCCAUGCUGGACCAGCCUGACAACCUCGCUGAGCCAUGGGGAUGCCACCAAAACCAGGGGCGCAGCCGAUGGAAAAGCAGCCCAAGCCAGCUUCCAUGCAGGCAGCUGGAGGGCCACGGGUGGCUGUAUUUCCACAGCUGAUGGCUUGAGGGGGUUGCAAGGGAAGGGACGAGUCCCUCCCAUGGUGAUGUUGGGUGUUACGUGCAUUAAAAUUGGUCUGUUUACUGCUGCUGCAGCACACCUGGGCUGGCUUUUCUGUGGGGCAGAGGGGUCGGGGAGGACUGAGGGGGACAA